AUGGACGACGACGAAGAGUUCCUCCGACUUCAAGAGAAAGUUCUUCCAAUUCAAAUAAGGCCGGUGAAACCGUCAGACUACGACGUCUGCAACUCGGAGUUACCGCCUCGUAUCUUCGUCCGUGAUUAUUAUCGGAUUAGUGAUAGAGUCAAUGCUUAUUCGAAGCCGGAAUUGCUAGCCGAAGUUGCCACCGCACUGAAAGGGACGCCGGAACUAGAACGAAUCCAUAAGUCUCAGUUUGAGAAAUUUUUUGAGAUUCGAGUUCGUAAAGUUGCUUUCUCCGGAAAGAUCGUACACAACCUCCUUUGCCGGCAAUUAUGGACGGCGAAACCACAUGAGGAGGUAUAG